AUGCCACUAAAUUGGCUGUCAAGUUUCCCGGAUUUUGUAUUGCGGAAAGAUGAUUCAAAUGACUCUGGGGAAAUUGUGAUGUUUUUCUGGAUGAAAAUAGGCCUCAAAGAAAAAAAGAAAAAACGCUUUGGGAGACUUAAAGGAUUUGAAGUGCAUGCAAUUGUUGAGGAUCUUUCGCUGAAACUUGGAACAUCUGGUGAAAAAUGGUUGCAAUCAGCAACAGAAAAACCAAAAUAUUUCGAGUUUACACCGGUCGAACUGUAUGCUAUUACAGAAAGGAUGAAAUUGGCUGAACCAACAACAAAUGGUGACGGGAAAAUGGAUAUUGCAAAUUGUGUGGAAUUUUUACAUAAUGUUCGAAAUUUGAAAAUUCGAGGUGCUCGAGGUUAUGUCGGCACAUCGAAUAUCAUAUGGAAUUCCUUAGCGUUUGGCCUUAAUCUAUGCAAAAAUAUUACAGCACUGUGGAUAAGCGAUUUUGACGUGCGCAUGAUUCAUGACUUAUAUUCGGUGCGUAACACAUGUAAACGGGUAGUCAUCCAUUAUUCUAUGAAGAAACUUUCUGAUUUUCUCCUAGAACCCGAUGGGAUGCUGCCAACUGAGAAUCAAGAGAAGUGGUCUUCUCUCGAAGAAAUUGAUUUUUCAUUCAACGAACUUGAAGAAAUUGACGAAAGCAUUAGUUUGUUGAAUUUGGUAAAGAAAAUGAAUUUAUCACAUAAUCUUCUCACGAGUAUUGGUGAUCACUUGCAACAUCUCACAAUGCUGACUGAACUUAAUCUCUCACAUAACGCUAUUGAAGAUUUGGAUUUGUGGUAUACGAAAUUGGGUAAUGUAAAACGCCUGUAUCUUGCUGGCAACAAAAUAUCUGCACUGAAUGGAUUGCAUAAAUUAUAUGCCUUAGAGUUUCUGGAUUUGACUGACAACACUGUGGCUUCUCCCGAUGAUCUUCGGGCAGUUGGUGCUCUUCCUUGUUUAGAUCAUCUAAUUUUGCGGGGUAAUCCAAUUCGGCAAGUGAUCGAAUAUAGGAUAAAAGUUCUGGAACACUUUGGAGAAAGAGCUGUCGAGGUAAAACUGGACAGCAGGAAACCUGAUCAGCGUGAGGCAGAUACGAUAUCAGUUCGUUUAGCAUUGCGAAAAGCGCGAGAAGAGAAAGAGGAACAGACUCGAAAAAGGGCAUUGGGAAUUGAUAAAAGAUCUUCAUCCGGAGGAGAUAUGGACUUUACAAUUCGUUCACUUUGACAGAUCAUCGGAUUCAAACCAAGUUCUUAAUAUUUUAUUGCUCAAAUAUUGCUUACUUAGCGGUGCUACCUGUUCCACAGAACAAUAUUUGAUUUUCAAUGUAUUUUAAUCGUUUUACCAUGCCUUUCAUGUAUCAUGCAAACGAAUGAUUUCUAUUGUCUUGUAUUUUGUUCAGAAGUUUUUUAAUUUUUUCCC